AUCUUCAAAACGUCUAAGAAUGGCUUUCAGCAACACUUUAUUUGUUCUUUUUGUGAGUUUUUUAACGUUUUGUGGCGCUGAUCAGACACUUAUUGAGAAGGAAUUAACCGGAAGAACUGUUUAUAUCUCCAAAAUUAAGCUAAAUUGGAACGAUGCCUUCGAUUACUGCAUCCGCAAUGGCCUCACCUUUGCUAAGAUUAAAUCAGCUGAAGAAAACACCGAACUGAGUGAGAAACUCAAGACAGUCAUUCGUACGGAGGAGUUUCAAGUUUGGAUUGGAGGCAUUGAACAUCAUCAAGACAGUUCCUUCCGCUGGGUAAGCGACUCCCAACCAAUAACCAACAAAUUGGGCUACAAAUACACAAACUGGAAUACCGGAGAGCCCACAAAUUACCAAAACAACGAAUAUUGCUUGGAAAUAUUAUUCCGGAAGGAAGAUGGAAAAUGGAAUGAUUUUCCCUGCAGUGCAAGACAUCAUUUUGUUUGUGAAAAAAGAACAAAAUAAAAUGAAGAAAAUGUGAUUUUCCUUUGGUUGAAGAAUAAAAUUCUGUUGGAAAAAAGAA